AUGCCCUCGAAAACGUUCCCGACUCGGCAUCUUCAUACACUCAGGACACAUAAUGGCCCCGUCAACGCCGUGACCUUCUCCAGCUACCCAGGUACCUAUGUCUUGACAGGCUCCUCGGACCGCGCUGUCCACCUCUCGCGCGCAGUGCCCAGCAACGCGGAAAGCUCUGCGACGGCCGUCGAAAGCACAUCUCCAAUCCAGCGGUACGAAGCACAUGGCUACUCGGUCCUCGACAUAGCCGUCGCUGCGGACAAUGCACGUUUUGCCAGUGUGGGAGGCGACCGCCAGGUCUUUCUGUGGGAUGUUGAGCAGGGUGCUACGACGAGACGAUGGAGCGGGCAUAAUAGUAGGGUCGAAGCGGUCCAAUUCGCGGGAGAGGGUGAUUCCGUGGUUGUCUCUGGCAGUGCAGAUACGACAAUCAACUUGUGGGAUACCCGAUCCAAUGCCUACAAGCCUAUACAGACUCUCACUGAAGCAAGCGAUACUGUCUCGUGUUUGAAUGUUCAUGCGCCUACAUACUCCAUCGCUAGUGGUAGCUACGACGGCCAUGUGCGCGUUUACGAUGUGCGGACGGGCAAAACAACCGUUGAUGUCCUGGCUCAUCCGGUAACGAGCAUCCGAUGCUCGGCGGAUGGCAAUGCCCUGCUGGCUUCUACGUUGGAUAGCUAUAUUCGGAUGCUCGAUCGAGCAGACGGAAAGCUGCUUGCUGCUUUCGGCGGCCCCAGCAAGAAUGGUGAACAACAGACUCAGAGCCUCCUCGGCACUAGACCUCGGCAUGUCUACCGGAACCAGGAGCUGCGGGUCCGUUCUGUCUUUGUGCAGGGCGAUGCCGUGGUUUUGAGCGGCAGUGAAACUGCAAAGGACGGUGGAGCUGCGCCUGGCGCUGCUGUCUUUGCCUGGGAUAUCCUCAGUGGAGAGGCGGUUGCGACAGUGCCGAUGGGGGAGAAGGUCAAGGCCGUGAGCUGUGUGGCUUGGAACGAGCAGGGAUACUGGGUAGGCGGGUGUUCAGAUGGUACCGUCCGACUCUUUGGCUGA